AUGACGCAGGAAGGAGAUACAAUUAAUAUCCUGAAGAAAGUUGUUGUGGAUGGCGUCAUAAUACUUUUACUGACCGUGUGCACAUUACUGUCGAACUUAGUUUGGGUGCCAUUUGAGAGGGGGUUCUUCUGCGAUGACGAGAGCCUCAUGUAUCCCUACAAAUCCGACACCGUGACUGUACCAGUAUUAAGAAUAGUUGGUGUUUGCCUCCCAAUACUGGCUUUUCUAAUCUGCGAGUGGAAUGUCCUACGCAAGGACACAACAGUUGUGCGUUGUUACGGGGUACCCAUCCCUACGUGGGUCCGCGGUUUUUACUGCGUUCUUGCAUCGUUCGCCGUUGGCUGCUGUUUCACGGAGUUAGCCAUCAACACUUCCAAAGCUGUCAUUGGAAGACCUAGACCACAUUUCUUUUCGAUCUGUCAACCAUCGGUAAACUGCAGUCUAUCGGAAUGGAAGGGAAGGUAUGUCCUACCCACCGACUACACAUGUACUGGCCCAGACGUAGACAAGAUACACGACGUGCGCAAAAGUUUUCUAAGCGGCCAUUCAGCGUUUUCUGCUUUCACCAUGUUUUAUUUAGCUAUGUACCUGGAGAAACGCAUUCAGUUUAAAGGCAGUUGUACUCUCCGCCACACGCUGUCAUUCAUCGCUGUGCUGCUGAGCUGGUUCUGCGCCCUGUCGAGGGUGUCUGAUUACAAACACCACUGGAGCGAUGUCCUUGCUGGAUACACACUUGGUAUCCUAUUGGCCGUUGUUAUGUGGAAUUAUGGAACAGAACUCGUUCAGAAAGAGAAAAAAAGCAUCCAUUGUGAACCAGCAGCGGUCAGUCCACCUGUGACAAAUAUGAACGGAGUGCACUAA